AUUCGGUUUUUUUAGGGCUUUUUUGUAUUUUUUUAUUAUUUUGCUUUGAUCUUAGAGUGCAAUACUAUAAGUUAUGAGCUCAUGUAUGUUCUAUAGAAGUUUAACCAACAACCUAUUUUCAAAAGUAACUACAAUUAUGGCUAAAAGGCAGUCGAGUGACAUGACUAAAUUUAAAGAAGUACUGAAAUCAGCUAAAAAUGUAGUGAUUCUAUCUGGGGCCGGUAUAAGUGCUGAAUCUGGUAUACCGACGUUCCGUGGGGCUGGUGGCUUGUGGAGGAAGUACCAGGCUACAGCUCUAGCCACGCCGGGAGCUUUCCGCGAGAACCCCAGUCUUGUAUGGGAGUUCUAUCACUACAGGAGAGAAGUGGCAGCAAAAGCGCAGCCUAAUGCGGGUCAUCUAGCAAUAGCGAAAUAUGAAGAAAAUCAUGCUGAAGACAAAAACAUUACAGUGAUAACACAGAAUGUAGAUGGAUUGCAUGCUAGAGCGGGAAGCAAGAGCUUGGUGGAGCUCCACGGGAACCUGUACAAGACACGCUGCACCAAGUGCAAGGAGGUACUGGUGAAUACAGACUCUCCUAUAUGUGAGGCAUUGGCUGGCAAAGGUGCACCUGAUUCUGCCCAGAUAGGUUCAGAUAUCCCUGUGAAAUCUCUGCCCCACUGUCAGAAGGCUGCCUGCGGUGGACUGUUGAGGCCACAUAUAGUUUGGUUUGGAGAGGGCCUAGAACCAGAGGUUUUAAAUAAAGCAGAGGCGGCAAUGUCAGCAUGUGACGUGUGCCUGGUGGUGGGCACCUCCUUGGUGGUGUACCCGGCGGCCAUGUUCGCCCCGCAGGCCGCAGCCCGGGGCGCCACCGUCGCUGAGUUCAACAUCGAGCCCACACCUGCCACUCCGGAGUUCCACUACUACUUUGAAGGCCCCUGCGGUACUGUAUUGCCUUUGGUUCUUAGUGAUUAGGGAAUAAGUAGGAUGUUUUUAUUUAUCUUUUACUUAUUAGGAAAUCUGUUAUAUAGUAAGUAAGGGAUAAUUUGUGUGUAUCUAUUUAUUAUUUUAUCGAAUUUUAAGAAAUAUAUUUCUGGUAAUAUAAUAAAAGUUUUAAACUGUU